AGACGACUUCUGUAGUUUGGACUGACCAUGUGACGCUAUAUUUGGAGGCGGGUUGUCAACUAGAGGACAAGGCAACUUCAAAGACAUGCGUGUGGCAGUGAUCGGAGCUGGGGUCAGUGGCCUGUCCACGGCUCAAAGUAUCUAUGAGCAGUACCACUCUACAGUCAGUCCACUGACCAUUGAGGUGUAUGCAGAUCGCUUCACCCCACUGACCACCAGCGAUGGGGCUGCAGGAUUCUGGCAGCCAUACCUCUACGACAAGGGCAAUGUCCAGGAGACUAAAUGGUGUAAGGAGACGUUUGACUACCUGCUGAGCUUCCUGAGCUCCCCAGACUCUAUCAAAAUGGGAAUUUUCCUCCAGUCUGGCUAUAACCUUUGCAGUGAGCCUGCACCAGAUCCCUCUUUUAAAGAUAGUGUGCUGGGCUUCAGACAGCUUACUGAGCGAGAGCUGGAGCUGUUUCCUGGAUACUGCUAUGGGUGGUUCAACACUGCUCUCAUGGUGGAGGGAAAAAGUUACUUGCCUUGGCUGAUGGACUGGUUACAGAAGAGAGGUGUGAAAUUUUACCAGAGGAAGAUAGAGUCCUUCAAAGUGCUUGCGGAGAGUGGGGCGGACGUCAUCAUCAACUGCACAGGAGUGAGGUCAGGGGACCUCCAGCCUGACCCAGAGCUCACACCAGGCCGUGGGCAGAUACUGAAGGUGGAUGCUCCAUGGCUUAAGCAUUGGAUCCUCACCCACAAUUUCACUGCUGGAACCUACAAUUCACCAUACAUUAUACCAGGGAGUCGUUCAGUGGUUGUUGGUGGGUGUUUCCAGCUGGGGAACUGGAGUGAGCAGAACAACUCUGAGGACCACAAGGAGAUCUGGGAGGGGGCCUGCCAGCUGGAGCCCAGCCUCAAGCAUGCCCGGAUAGUGGAGGACUGGUCAGGGCUCAGGCCUGUUCGCAGUAAAGUCCGACUGGAGAGGGAGACCAUGCAGUCUGGACCAACCACGUUUGAGUUGAUCCACAACUAUGGCCAUGGAGGAUUCGGAUUGACCAUCCACCGAGGCUGUGCCCAGGAGGCAGCUCGGCUCUUCGGGGAGAUAUUGGAGCUGAAGGGCUGGGGGCCCAGGUCUCAUUUGUAAACUAGUGGUUUAUUACCUAAACAGCAGUAGCAUCAGUAUCUCACACAGGUCUGUAUGGGACCAUUUUAACAUCAGAAUGGUUUGCGAAGGAACCCGCAUAGGAGGACACUCCUGGGGCCUUCAGACAACAAUGAGGGUUCAUUCAUAUUUGCAAGAGAACAACUACCUGAUUAACCCGAGACCAGCUAACUUGGAACACAAAGACUACCAGCCACCCUUAAAAUGGUUUCAUGCCAGCCAUCAGGAUUGCUUUUAUUGAAUGCCAAUUUUCUUUGUUGUGUAGUCAUAACUAUUAGCUAAUAGAUUUAAAUCUAUUUUGAAAAGUUAAGAUUUUAUAUUGUAGUUAAAGAGAUGCUAGUAUAUAGAUAACAUAUUGAACCAAUAAAAUGUUUUCCAAAAAUGUGAUAAGCAAAUCUCACAUGUGACAUAAAAAUAGGACUGCAAUAUCAAACUAAGAUUUUAAAUAUCUUAUUAUUAAUAAUAUUCUAUUGUGAUUUCUAAAACUUAUGAGGUUUAAAAAUGAAUUAAGAAAUAAAUACUUCCACAAUCCAA